AUGAAGCAAUGCGCUGCGACAUCUUUGGGGACGAUGACAGUGACGUUGCCUCUAGGGAAAGCGGCUCCAAGUCUACGUCGGGUCAAUAGUACCCCAAUAUCACCACUCCCUACCGGGCAAAGGACGCCGGUACCCGACUGUUUCCUCUUCCCCAAGGGCAACAACUGCGUUGCGCCAAGUACCACCGAUUUCCUCUCGAGAGGGACUCCAAUGAGGAUGCUCUACGAGCUGCAUCGCAAUCUUUGCGUACUCAUGUCAUUGAGCCCCAGUAUCGCACUGCGUGAAAUGUUGCGGAUUGCGUUGCGCAUUCGAGAGCGGAUCCUUAUUCCACAGGAGUUUACGAUGACAUUGUAUCAGGAGCAACUGUCACGACAGUCACGUGGAGUGACGGUGCAUCCACUAAACGACAUACUAAAGGUGCUUGCACCAGGUGAAACAUCUGCGCAAGAUGAUUACCAGUUCAACCGUUUGUUGAACAUGCGUGUAAGCUCCCAAGUCCUUCUGACUUGCGCUUAA